AUGGGUAGCUUCCAGCGCCUCCGCGCAUCGCGGCAGCUUCUCUUAGCAUUUAGCAACUCUAACAGAGGCGCACUACAAACAGCUGGACCACGAGAACUCCCAUUCUUCCUGAGCUCUCGAACCCCGUCACGCCGUCACGCCUCGUCCGCCGACUCUUCCAAGCCCAUAAUUCUCGAGCAGCCAGACAAGUUCCGACCUCCCUCACAUCCUUCAAGAUUAGUUCAAGGGCGUGGAAGAGGCUCUACCUAUAAUGGCGCCUACAAUCAAUCCUCUACGGCUGCGGAGCGAAUAGCGCAGAAGAACAGGAGAUAUCCACAUAUGUUCCCCGAUGAGGGCACACUCGCACAUUCAAUAAUUACGAAAAAGCAAUGGCACGUUCUGAUCACAAUGGGCGUCUUGGUUUUACUAGCACUCGUGACAUGGAUACAGACUUUCAUCAAGACCUCCCCGUUUGGGCACCUUAUGCCCUCAUUCUCGUCGCUUUUCAAGGAGCCUCUCCAGUUCUUCCAGGACGUCGCCUCCGUCUUCCGGCUUGACCAGGACUACAACACCGAGAAGGUCGAAUUCGAGCGCGCACGCAACAUAUUGGAUGCGCAAAAACGCCGUAUCUAUCGUCGGGCGCAUGGCAUGGAAGACCUGGAUCGUGAUGAAGACCAAGGCGUGGAUGUGCGCGGAAUCGUCCCAUGGGACGAUGGCCUGACGAAGCGGGAGAGAGAAGCGGGAGGCAUUGGCGCGAACAGAAUCAAGAUGAUUUCGGCAAUGAAGGUAGACGAUAGGAGCAGGCAGGCUAUGGAGGAUGUCACCAGGCAGAAAGCGCUCCAACAGGAUGUGACUGAUAUGAAGGACGAAAUAUUCAUUCGGCGGAGAGAAGCGGAAUUGGGACUAUCGAGAGAAGAGGAUCCCGCGGUCAGACCGGAGCAACAGCAGAAGAGGAGGAAGCUAUGGUUUGGUAUCUGGUAA